UUCCGACUUGAAAUUAAGAAACUAAAUUUCAUAAUUAAAUUAAGUAAAAUCAUAAAUGCAAUCUCAACAACAGGGCAAAGAACAAAAUUUUUUGAAGACAUCUUUUAAUAAAACAUUGUCUGCACCAGGAAAUACAAAUAACGAAAACAAGGAUGAUGAACAAUGUAAAGCAGACCACAAAGACGAUAAUCCUAGAUUGUCGGUAAUAGUAUUUCAAUGUCAUUUAUGUUCGUUCAGCACUCGAUCGAAUGAGAAAUGGUUAGAACAUAAGCGGUGCCAUAUUGAAGACAUUCCUUGCACGUCAACGGAAUCAGAAAAAAGAGAGAACGGAGAAGCACAAGCAGCCAGAGUAGGAGGAUCGAAAAGAAAGAAGUGUGAAAGUAGCCAAGGACGCAGAGCUCAAUCUAUGCCACUUACAGGCACUAGUUGGUAAGACCAGUCCUCUAGGAUGCAGAUCACUAGAUCUGAUCUUAAAUAUUUCAUAGGAGAGCGAUAAACGCUAGUUGAUCCGAACUGCGAAGUUCAGACGUUCCUGUCAGGUUCCCGACACCAGUUUGUCAAUUUAUCGAUGCGCGGACAAACACGCGUAUGCGAUCUGAUUCGGACACCCAAUUAAGAGACAUUUUGUGUAAUAAACAUAAGUAUAAUUUAAUAAAACUAAACAAACGAAUACAAAUAAUCGAUAACCACAAUUAAACGACAAGCUAGAGGUUAAAACCUCUUCUAGGUUUAUGCGCGUUCGAGAGAGAGAGCUCACAAAAUUAUUCU